GGCGCGUCUCCCCGAGCCGGACGCGGGGCCGGGGCUCCCCAGGGUCCCGCAGAGCCACGCACCAGGCGGUGAAGUAGCAUGGGAGAGCCCUGGCCGAGGCAUGGGCAGCGCUGAGGAGCCGGAGAGCCUGCAGCUGCUCACACAGGAGGGGGCGGCUGAGGACGUGACGAGUGGCUACCUCCACCCCUCCCGCUGUGGGGCCAUGAGGAACUGCUGCGGCACCGAGGCCAGCGGCACCGAGCCCCGCAGCCAAGGCAACACAGAGAGACCAGCCCAGGCCCCCGCCAUGGCCCAGCAGUCCUCACCGGAGCCCGCGGCUGGCAGCCAGGCCUUGGCUCUCAAGGGCCCCGGAGCGGGAGCCAAGCGAAUGCCUGUGGCUGUGAGCUGCUUGGGACAGAACGGCGAGCGGAGCUUGGGCCCCCUGGCGCGGCCCGAUGGCUCCUUCGUCCCCCAGGGCCCUCCAGCGGGGGUGGGCGCUGCCGUGACCAGCCCGGGGCCGUGCCUCAAGGGGCACAGCAAGGACCCGCCGAGCGCCCCGGCUGCUCUGAAACACGUUGCAUUUCUUGAACCAGCCGACACAGACCCUGAGCCAGACGGUGCCGGAGCCGCUGCGGUCAGUCCGGAGCUGGGUCCGGUGCCUCGCACGUGCCCGCAGGACCGAAGCCAAGAGCAGCCUGGGGCCUGCAAGGGAGCCGUGUCCCGUUGGAACGUGGGAGCCCCCGGCGCAGCACCAUUGUCCGAUGAUGGCGUGGGCACACCCUGUGGAGACGCUGGUGGGAAAGCACCUGCGUCUCUGGCAGAGGCCAAGGCCCAGCUGGGACCCCCGGCUGCCCCAGGGCCAGGGGGCAACGGGGACAUGGCGCUUCCUUCUCCUCUGGAAGCGACCAAGGAAUCCACCCCGGGAACGGAAGCAGCGUCAGGCCCAGGAACAAGGCUGGAUGCAGGCCGGACCCCGUCAGCCCGAGCCAAGGAGACCAGUCCCCCUGCCCCUCUCUCCAUCCAGAAAGCUGGGCCAGAGGCCCCCUCUGCUGCUGCUCCCAGCAAGUCAGGGGAGAGCCAGGCGGCUGCAGCUGAGGCCGGAGGGGGACCUGCCCUGCCCCAGAGCACUGCGGAGGGAAGCCCAGCUCAGGAGCCACCACGAGCAACGGGGACGGAGGUGGGGCCUGGGGAGGAGGCUGCUCGGGAGCCCCGGACUGUGGAGCUGCUCUCCAAGACCUACUCAUUUGAGGUCACUCCUCCCCCACAGGACGCUGGGACUCAGGACACCGGGACACAGGUCGGCAGCCGAGUGUCGCUGGUGUCUGUGGCCAUCAGCCCCAUAAACCCCCCGGACGGGUCCUUGGCCUUUACCUUCCACAGCCGGGGCCAAGGCCCCUCGGGCCUGAAGAGCCCGGGCCCGGAGCUGAAGCCCUCCAAGAAGGACGCGGAGAUGCAGGUCUCCAUCCCAGUGGAGACCAGGUCUGUGGCCACGGGGCCCAUGACGCCGGUGGCCAAGUCUCCCCAGGCAUCCUACCCCGAGGUGCACGUGAAAGGGGCGCAGGAAGAGCCGCCCGAGCCCAUCCGGGAAGUCAGCUGGGAUGAGAAGGGGAUGACGUGGGAGGUGUACGGCGCCGCCAUGGAGGUGGAGGUGCUGGGCAUGGCCAUCCAGAAGCACCUGGAGAAGCAGAUCGAGGAGCAUGGCCGGCAGGUGGUGAUGACGCCACAGAGCACCCGGGCCAGCUCCAUCAAGGGGGCGCCGCAGAAGGGGGAAGUCAAGCGGCCGCCCAGCAUGUUCCAGGCGCUUCUGCAGAGCGUGCGCCGGCCCCGCUGCUGCUCCCGGGCCGGCCCUGCCGUGGAGUGAAGCAGCCGCUCGCGCCCUGGCGAGCUGGGAGUGGCAGCCCAGCCCAGGUCGUGGGGUUUCUCAGGCAAUCCUGGGGGCUGGGGUCUUGCCCCUCUGGCCCCAUCCUCAGCAGCUCCAGGCACUUGGACCCCAUGGUCUCCUGCUCACCCAGCCCAGACACUGGCCAGACUGCCCCUCCCCGAGCUGCAUGCCUGGGCAGGGUGCAGCCUGCAGAGACUUCAGGCCCCAGCAUGCAGCACUCACCCCUGCAAUGUCUGCUUCCAUUAAGAUGGAGCACUGCAUGCUGGGACACGUAGUCCCCACACACUACACCUUGGUCUGUAGGAGGCAUUGGCUGUGAUUUGGGGUCAGGCUGCAGCCGUCCUUCUGCUGGGCAACAUCUGGGCACCCCUGGGUGGGGCUGGGGUUUGUGUAGCGAAGCUCGUGAUGGGAAGGCCAGAAGAAAAGUGGAAGGGGUGGGGGUGGUUGCGGACCAGCCCUCGGGGGGGUAUCACGGCCCAGGUGCUAAGGUCUGGCUCCCCGGAUAGUGCCCAGUGCCCGGGGCUGAGCCCUGCCCAAGCCGGAGAGUCCUGCUGCCCCUUGUGCGUUCUGGGGAGACUCCAGCUUCCCGUCAGCCUGGGCAGCUGGAACCAGCCACGCUCUGCCUCCCUGCAAAGCUGCGGUCCUGCUCCCCCCUGAGCCAGGCUCCCCGGGGAGGUGGUGCAAGCUUUGCAGUCAGGCUGUGCCCUGCUUGCUGGGCUGGCCUGAGCCAGCUUUGCCGGCGGCAUGUGUCGGCCUGUGGUUUGGAGAGACAAAGUCCAGCCUCGCUCCAGUUCCUGAGAGGCCCCUGGCUCUGCAGCGCAGCCUAGCUGCUGUCACCGACUCCCACCCUCGACUGAGCUCAGAGCUUUGCAGACGGGUGUCCUCCUCACAGUGGCACGGGGAGGCAGCCUGCAGCCGUCUGCCCCAGCUCAGCCCCACCCUCCCCACACCGGAGCACCCGGGGGCAGGCGCUGCUGCGUGGUGCGUCCCUGCUGCAGGUUUAACAGCCCCUGGAACCUCCCCAGCUCUCCCCAGCCACUGGCCGCUCCCGCCUGCUGCACAGGUGCUCAGUGGCCAUGCCAGGGCGGGGAGGCAUACCUGUGCCUGCAGAUGGCACAGGCCCUGGUGGCAGAGCUCCUACCAAAAGGUUGUGAGUGGAGAAGCGCUGAGCCCUGCGCCCCCAGCAAGAGCCUCGGAGAGGAGAACAGCUGGCGGCAGGCCUUAGCCCUUGUGCCAGGGGAAUGGCACCUGCCCAGCACACGGAGCAGCGUCUGCCACCCCCACACCAGGAGGGGCAGGCUCCCAGCAAUUGGGUUUCCAGGGGGGAGUUUCAGGAGGCCCCUGGGAGUCCAGCCCAAAACGAACCUGAACUUGUGGCUUACAGCCAAGCAGCUGGAGGGACCAGUGGGGCUGGGCCAGGCCAGAGGGGCUAGUGCUGCCAGACCCAGUAACAGACCCCCAGGCUCCGCUUGCUGCCUGGGCCCAGAGCUGCGACCUGCUGCCUUUGUUCUCACGUUGUCAGUCAGUCAAGGCAGGUCCCUCCUGCUCCCCCUUGGCUCAGCAGUGACCUGGCAGAUGGGCCCUGGAAUCUGAGCUGGUUCUGACCCAGCAGCUCAGGCUCACGUGCUCCGUUCUCGGUGGGAUCCCAGCUCAUCACGCUCCCGGCACCAGCAGCCAGGUGCCCCAGCGGGCUCCACAGAGCAGCGUGGGGAGUCUUGGAGUCCAGGGCCAGGUGCCAAGGCCACAAACCCAAGCCAAUUGCCUGAGAAACCCAGACCACUGGGCAACGUUCAUGUCCUGUCUGGGAAUCCCUGCGGGUGCGUGUGGCUGUGGGUCCCUGCGUGUGCCGGUCCCUGUGUGGGCAUAUGUGGGUCCCUGCGUGUGUGUUUCUGCGUGUGCAUGUGUCUGGGUGUCCCUGCGUGUGUGUAUGUGUCUGGGUGUCCCUGCGUGUGUGUGUCACUGUGGGGGUGUGGCUGUGCGUGUCCCUGCGGGGGUGGGUGGGGACACCGCUGUGCGCCCCUGAAAUCCACGUGGUUUUCAGAUCACAAAGGGGUUUGUUGGCACUUUUCAUGUUCAGGUUUUUCAGGGGAGAUUUUAUUGAACCGUGUUUGAAUUUUCAGGCUUUUUAAAGGACUCGUGGUGGCAUUUCCCGCCCAGAGCCGCUCACUCCGGCAGCGUGAGGAGCCGUUUCCUUUUCUUCCCUCUUCUACAAACUUCCUUCGUGGUGGGAUUUCGUGGUUUGUCUCUGGAAACAAAGCAGGCAGGCUGAGCCCAGCUGAGUGCCUGGGUGUGUGGGGGAGUCACAGCUUCUAGGACGCACCCCGGCCGGAGCUGGGGGCAGCACCACCUCCCGCUGCUCCAACAUUCACCCUGGCGAAGCCCACGCCACAGUGGGGUCGGGGACAGAGCCUGCUGGUGGUUCCUGUGUCAAGCCCUUGCCCCCUGUCCUCCCGGCAGAGCGAGCUCCCAGCACAGGCUGCUUGGGCCUCCUGCCCUGGUGCAGCUCGUAAAGCGACCGGAGCCAGAGCUGUGGAGUGGGAGCGCUGGUGGAUGCCAGGGCAGAGGCGGCGCCAGGGAGCUGAUCCUGUUGUUGGUGGUGAUCAGUGCCCUGAACCUGCUGCACAAGGCAGCCCCAGCCCCCCCGGCGCCUGCCCAGGUCCACAGAGCCUGUGGGAAAGGAGCAGAGGUGCCUGGCUCCAUGGCACUGCAUCCACCCCCCGCCCCCCGUGCUGCAGGAACGGUUGGGGACUGGCCUAGGCAGGAGUGGGCCAGAGAAAGAUGCAAAGCUGGUGUGUGGUGAGAAGGACCCGGCUGCUUCUCUCUCUGGGCUGGAUGCCCCCCAGGAUGCACCCCACUGAAUCAGUGGGCUCUGCCCCGGGGGGGAGUGAGCAGGACUCAGGCCCAGCGUGGGGCGUGUGCUUUCGCAGGCAGCUGGCCUGAUGCAGGUGGGCAUGGCAGGAGUGUCUUCCCCCUGGACUGCCCAGCCCUGGAGCAGGCGUCCCCCUGCUUGUUCCGAGAGUCACGUCCCUGCAGUCCUCCCGCUGCUUCUCCCUAGUGCCCUGGAGGGUGAGGGGCCCGCUGGGGGGGGCAUGGGGCCAAAAGGGCAGUGGGUGCUUGGUGCCCAGUUUCAAUGCCACGUGCCUUGGAGCUCACCCCUCCAGGGUGUCCCAACAGGC